AUGAUUAUGCGAACAUUCGUACUAUUGAAAAUCGGAAUCUUUUUCUUAACUCUAAGUGGAACUACAGAUGGCAAUUCAGAAUCGAAUUCUCUUGUCAUUAGUGUCUUUCCACCGAAAAGUACAUAUUCGAAUCCAUAUUAUGAUCCUGUAACUGAAGAAUUAUUAUCAAUGGAUACAAAUUAUACAACUGAAGACAAAUAUUGGAAUACAAGAAAAUUGAUUUUUAAACGAUCUGUAACAUCAAAACCAACGAAAAAGAAAACUCAACCGAAAAGUGAUUUAUAUGGAGAAGAAAAGCUCGAUCAGAUGAAAAAUCAAAUUGUUAUCGAUUCUCAAUGGGAAGAAUUAAUAUCAGCUGGUCCUGUUACGAUAAAUUUACUUGGACAAUUGGUUAUUUUAUCUUCGGAACGCGAUUUUGACUUACAAGAAUCAGUACCAAACUUUAAAUUUCUCCAUAUGAAACAUCCACAAUCGUUUUCUGGUACAUUAAUACAAAUAGCAAACGAUGGUUGGACGGCAUUUCAUAUCGCACAUAAGAAUAUGGAUUCGAUAACGAGUUAUAUGAAACAAAUUCCAGGAUAUAUUCAAACAGCUUUAAAAUUAUUCAUUCAAGGAUCACCAAGGAUAAUUAAUCGAUCAUUACCAAAAACUUUGGGAAAUAUUGAACGUAUUGGAAACAAAUGUAUCGAUUUAGCAACUGAAACUGAUAAAAAAUUUGACGAUGUUAUUCAAUUGAUAUCCGAAGUUAUUCAGGUGACAACUGUCAGUCGUGGAAUACAUAUUCAACGUGUUAAAAAUAUAACUAGAAAAAUUGAAAUCACAAAAACUGCUAUCAAUGGAACUGCAGGAAUAGCUACUGAAUUACAGAAAAAAUAUGAAAAAGACAAUGCAUUUUUAAAACAAACACAAGAAGAUUUUCGGGAUGCAUUAAAACGUAUUCCAACUGGUUUUCAAGCGAUUUUACAAGAUUUCACGCGAAUGAUUGUUGAUGUUGCUCAAACUACCGCAAAUCAAUUCCUUUCAUUUGGUGGUUUAACUAAAAUACUCAGUUUUAUCGGUCAAAAAGGUACAGGAGUAGCUGGUACAACAGGAAAUGAUGGAGCUGUAACAAACACAAUUCCAGAUAUUUCUCCAGAAACAGCUGGGAUUUUGACAAUGAUAAAAACGACUUCAGAGCAAAUCAAUAAAAUUAUUCAACAACUCAAUGGAAAUAUCAACGAUCCAGUUCACCUAGAACAAGAAUUAGACGCAUAUAAAAUAGCUUUUGAAAGUGUCAUGAAAGCAGUUCAACGAGGUUUUGAUCAUAAUAAGAUCAAAUCACAAGCAUUAAGUUUAAUGGAAACUUGUAUUAAUCUAAUUGACAACACAAUUGAAUACAUAAAACACAUGAAAAGUGGAAUGCAAAUUUCAACAGAAAUCAAAGCGGAUUGGAACAAUUUACAAAGACUUACUAAACCAAUACUAGCUGCAAAUAGUUUUGUAAAUGGUCCAACUACUCCAAAUGUUGGAAAAGGAAACAAUCCAACACAUGAUGCAAAUGAUAAAUAUCGCAAUGAAAGAUUCAAAGCUCAACAAUUGAAAGAAGUUCUGAAAGAUACCCAAGCAGCAACGGAUCAAUCUUUCAAUAAUUGGAUGGAAUAUCAAAAAAAAUUAAAUGAUUUAAGCAUCGAAUUAGCUUCUUUAGACCCGGCAAAAAUCAAUUAUCAAAAAAUUGUUGAGUUGUUAAAUGAUGCAUUAACAUUGCUGGGCAAUCUGAAGGAAGAAUGGUCAAAAUUGGUCAGGUUUUUCAAUAUAAUUACCAAACACGCAAGUAUUGAACUAAACGAACCUAUCAAACAAUUUCUCAAUGAAACACGUGAUGCUUUGGCAUAUGAAAAGUUGUCGAAAAACGAUCGAGAUUACUAUAGAGAUAAUCUAAAAGGUUAUGCAAAAUCAAUUCAUCGACAAGCAUUUAUUUUACAUGUCAUGGCCAAAACCUAUGUGGAUAUGUCAAACGAACAUAUUAUCACUCAAUUAGCUGGUCUAGCCAAAUUAAUCAAUGCUGGAACGGUAGAAGAAAAGAAACGAAUGUCACAUAUGCUGAAAGAUAAAAUCAUUGAGAUUCAAAAAAAGGUUUUAGUUAUGGUGAAACAAAGACGGGAAAAAUAUAACAAAGAAGUCAAUGAACAAAUUGGAAAAUUAGAUAAAACAAUUGAAAAUAUGGGUGGUAAUGAUCCUGAUGACCAAGAGAAUAUCAAAAAAGGAAAAGAUUUAUUAUUAAAUAAUGAUACAAUAGAAAAGGUAUCUGAAGAGCAGGAAGAUGAACUGGAAGAAGAAGAUCAAGACGACGAACAAGAAUUACCAUCUUUCAACAAAUAA